UAAUAUUUUAUAGAUAUUUUAUGAAUAAAUUAAUGUGUAUAAAAGAACUACAUAAGGAAAUAAGGUUAAGAUCCGAGCUAUGAAUUUUAAAAGGCUUUGUCGUAUAUGCCUCGAAUCACUAGAUCCUAAUAAACAAAGUCUUGAUAUUUACACUAAAAAUAGACUUUACGCCGAAAUGCUUUCAUCGUGCACUAAAAUCAAGCCUUCUGAAGAUGAUGGAUUACCUCGACUUAUAUGUAAAGAAUGCAGCAAACGAUUAAAAAGAACAUAUUUAUUUAUUAUACAAUGUGAGGAAAGCGACAAAACACUUAAAUAUUUCUCAGAGAACCCGCUCAAAUCAACAGAAAAUGAUCCUCAUGUUGAAGUAAAAAUUGAAGAUGUUGAUGACAAGAAUAACAUAGAAGAAUUAUUUGAAAGUGAUGGGCUACUGAAUAGUCCAGUAAAAAAUGAAUUAAAUGAUGAUGGAAACAAUGAUACAGGCUGGAACGCUGAGGAUGACAAGCCCCCUGAAGGUAUAAAUGCCACUGAUGACACAGGUUGGGAUGCUGAAGAUGAUAAGUUCCUUGACCAGCUGAGUCAAAAGACAUCUGAAGGACUGUUCAAUUGUGAAGAAAAUGUAACAAAGAAGGAACGCAAGGGAAGAAAGAAGAUAGGCACAUCAGUCGAGGAUUUCAAUGAUCCAAACCGUGUUGGCGAGCGUUUACUUCCUAUAAGCAAGAGACCACACCAAUGUGAUAUCUGUGGUAAAGUUCUUAGUACAAAGAGUAAUCUAAAGGCACAUAAAGCAUGCCAUUCGGACCAGAGGCCUUAUAAAUGUACGGAAUGUCCUGCUUCAUUUAAAGCCUAUAGUGCGCUGUUCCAACAUAGAAGAAUUCAUACGGGUGAGACACCAUAUCACUGUGAAUUCUGUUCAAAGAGGUUUGCGCGACGCACCGGUCUAGUGAAUCAUAUAAAAGUGCAUAAAGGAGAAAAGCAACACAAAUGCCCCUUGUGCAACAAAUGUUUCACACAAAAAUCACAGCUUAUAACCCAUAUGAAGAGGCACAAAGGUGACAAAUCGUUUCUCUGCCAGGAAUGUGGAAAAGGCUUUCCAAUAAACGCUGAAUUGCAAGUACAUCAACGAAUCCACAAUGGUGAAAAACCAUACGCCUGUCAUCUAUGUGAAAAAAAGUUUGCCACAUCCGGCAAUCUCUCCAUACAUAUUCGGAUACACAACAAAGAAGUGAGGUAUAGAUGUAAGGAUUGUAAUCGUGGUUUUGUGACGUGUAGUGCUUAUAAUGUGCACCUGAAACGACACAAAGGACAGCGUGACUAUAUCUGCGAGUGCGGAAAAUCAUUCUACACAUCAUCAUCAUUGAAACAACAUAAAGUGGUACAUACGGGCGAGAAGAACUACCAAUGUAAACUGUGCAAUCGAAAGUUCUCACAAGGCAGCCAUCUUGGGCGCCAUUUUCGAAGAGAUCACGCAAAACCAGGCGCACCGUUGCCAACUUCGGACUAUUACAAACUUGUGCUGACUUCAGGCCACAGAACGGACAUUUUUAUUGAAAAGGAGCAAAGUGAAAAUGUCAAAUGUGAAGGAAGCUAGCCGCUAGGACUUCUAUAAUUGUGCGUAUAUUAAUCUCUUCCCAUUUAAUUAGAUGGGCAUAACAUCUUGUAACAAACAGGGUAAUUUUUUAAAAAAUAAUAAAGUUAUAUUUUGUCCUUA